CCCGCCGAUGACGGAGGCGGCGGAGACUCCGGCGAGGGUGAGGAUGAAGGACGUCCAGGGGAUGCCGGGGACCGCCGGAGGUCUCGUUCUCAGGCUCUUCCAGUUCUUUUUCGCGGUCGCCGCGCUUUGCGUUAUGGCUACCACCAGCGAUUUCACCUCCGUCACCGCAUUCUGCUAUCUUGUAGCAGCAGUCACCUUGCAAAGCUUGUGGAGCCUUUGUCUAGCCUUUGUGGAUGUAUAUGCGCUUCUAGUUAAACGUUGUCUGCGUAAUCGCCAAGUUACUUGUUUGUUUGCCAUUGGAGAUGGGAUCACAGCAACUCUCACAUUUGCAGCAGCCUGUUCAUCUGCAGGCAUUACAGUUCUGAUCGGUAAUGAUCUCAACAUCUGUUCAGAAAACCACUGCGCAAGUUUUGAGACGGCAACAGCCAUGGCCUUCAUCAGUUGGUUCACUGUAUCGCCAUCGUUUCUCUUGAAUUUCUGGUCGUUAGCUUCCAGGUGAAAGCAAGUCAGUCUGUCGACUAUUUUGUGUCAUAGCGUUCAUUUAUAGUCCGAUCUUCAUUGUUAAUGGUAUCUGUGUGAAAACUGGGCUAUGGAAAUUAUAUCCCAACUUUACCAUCAAAACUGUAUUUUUGAACUGAUACUUGUGUUUAAUGGCAUAUGGCAUGUUGCCCUUUUUGUUUUA